AUGAAGCUGGACGUUGGCCCGGUGCCCAAGGCAGACAAGAGCAUUCCUGCCCCGAGCCUCGAGGAGAAAAUUUAUUUUAGCCAGAACAUUUACAAGGUGAACCCCAAGGACCUGGGUGCUAUCGUGCAGCUGCUUCAAGAGCAGUGUCCUAAAGCACUGGACAAGAGCUCACCGGAUGAGCUGGACAUCGUCGUCGACCACAUUGACAAUAAGACGUUCCGUGACCUGGAGAAGUUCGUUUUGGAGAAGGUGCCAGAGGGUAGUCGCGAGCCCAUUGCGACCCCCAAGUCGUCCAAGACGUGA